AAGCCCCAAGGAAGGGGAAACCACUUUCAAGUAUCUUCCCAGUUUCUGAAGGACUUGUGAUCUACUCAGAGCAUUAUUUCCCAAACCAUUUCAUUCCCUGCCUCCUAGUAAAUUCCCAGGCACAUUGGCCUGGGAGCAUGGGAAAUUCUACAUUCCUGUUGAAAACUGGCACACACAGAAUAGGCAUUUUUAAAGUGCAUAAUAUUGUACUAUGAUCAUCUGUGAAAACUUGGCUUCUCUUAACAAUGCGCAGAUCUGGGGCAAUUCUGAGACGGGAAUUCAAUUCUGAGAUGGGAAAUGCUGUCCACCGCCAGAGAAAGAACUGUUGGAAUCAUCUUUCAUAUCAGCAUAUUUGCAGUUUUAUUUUGGGGUUUUGGUUAUGUAUGAGUGUACUAUGACCAAUAUGGAAGUGGGUUUUGCAUGAAAAUAAAAAAAAUUUAAGUGCAUUAUUACAAUGAAGAAGACUAAAGAAAAAAAUUAAAAAGAAGGAAGAACAAGGACCUGGCAGUGUUAAGGGUAGGGCAGUCAAAACUUAGUUUGGGGAAGUUGGUGUUUUUUCCCAGGAACUGGGGGAAGGGAAGAGGGCAAACAUUCUUCUUCUAUUCCCUACCUCCACCCUAAGUAGUAUCUGCUGCCUGACCAACCCAAUCCCUCAUCAGAUCACUGGGAAACCAAGAUCCAUGGUUACAGCUGUCAUAUCCUUCUCUUGGGGCAUACCUUUGCCCCAGGUCACAGUUUCCCUCACCAUAUCAACCAGUCUGGUGAUCUGUUGUAAUAUAGACCAGUAAGGAGGGUCACUCCCACCUACACUGGGGAACUGGUAGGAGAGGGAGGAAAAGGGUUGAGAGGAUGAGGGGGAGAAGAGAUUGAUCUCCCCCUCUCUCCCUGCUUGAUAAAGACAACCUGGGUUGGUUUUCCUGAGGGAAAGAGUAUGUCUCCUCAGAGAUCUGGUUUGGGAGAAAUGACCCACUGCCUCCCUUCUUGGUCUUAUCUGUUGUUGAGAAGUGGGACAGAAUUUUCUUCCUCUGGAUUAUCCCAACACCCAUACUCCCAUUUUCCCUUUGAGAUCUGGGUUCAAUUCCCAACCCUAGUCUUAAACUAAUCCCCCUCUUUGGGGAGAGGUAUGGUUCUCCCCAAAUCUUCAGUCCCCUUCUUUGAUGUCAGAAAGUAGGCAGACCUGAUCUAUAUAACUCUUUAAUGGAGAAUCACUCAGGGAAGGGGAAAUAGGUGGGCUGGAUAAGGAAAGUGGGUGGCAGGAAUCCCUAAAAUUACAGAAUGGCCCCCCAAAAUCUUGGGGUCCAGGCUCUAAGCUUUGACCCUUUUUCUGGUCAGCUGCUGGUUAUCCCUAUUCUUGAGCUAAUCUGGUUAUUGGCAAAGUUCAGGACAUUGGGGAGAGAGACGUGGAGAAAGUCCUUAAAGAGAAUUUCCUCAGUAGAUGGCUUUUUUUCAAAGUCCGAUCUAUUAUGUUGAAUUGAGUUGAGUAACUGAUUCCAGGGAUCUCUAGGAAGUCGUUGGUGUCCAAAGGGGAACCUCCAGCCUUUUAGACCUUCCUGUCAGGCUCUCAGCUGAAGGAAUGAUUUGGACCUGGCAGUUUCUCAGUCCUCUCAGUUCCUGUUCCUUUUGGAAUCCUCGAUCUCUUCAAAGAAAUAGCCGCAUGGUCUGUUUCUUGCUUCAUUGGAUCAGAUUUCCUUCUUUUGCAUCUUCCUCUCUUCUGCAAAUUCCUCUCUCUUACACUGUUCUACACAAAACACUGGAGAUCAGUGUAAAUUGAAUGCAAGAAUGGACAGUGAGGACAGUUGGUUGAUGUUGUACCUCCCCAAACACCAAUAAUAAAUUCAGCCCUACUUCUCCUCCAUCUUAUCCUCCAUUGUGUACACUGGAACUUUCCUCCAUUGUUAAGUUCCCAUUCAUCCUAGAUCUUAUUCUGUCAGAUUCCUUCUAUCUUCUGGCACUUCUUGAAAUCAAACUUUAAAGUAUCAAUAUCUCUUGGCAGCCUCUCCAAGGCUAGUUGUUCCUUCUUUCACACACACCCCAGGACAUAGGGCCAAAAGGAAGAUUUGGUAUAAGCUUUGAUCUUCAUUGGCACUUUCAGACUUUCCAUUUGCCAACAAUACUCAGGGACUAUCUCUGCCUCCCCCAAAGUUUACCCAUCCUAUCUAGAUUCUUGCUAUGGUAAUCUACAAGCCUCCAGGUCACCCUCCUUCCUCCCUGAAGUUUGCUCAUGAUCUGAUUCUCCACCCUAAAGUCUUGUGCUCAUCAUAUCCAAUCCUUUCAUCUUAUAAAUGAGCAAACUGAAGAAAACUUAAGUGAUACCCUGUGUCAAACAAUUAGUAUCUGGGCAGAAUCUGAAUAUAAAUAUUCCUGACUCCAGAACUUUAUCCAUUACAUAAUAUAGUCUCAGUAAGCUGAGGUCAAUUGGCAAGGAGAAAAAUGAAUAAAGGCUGUCUCAAUUAAAUUUGUUAUGUGUUGCUUUGUAUCCACAAUGCAUGGAUCUGGAAAGUAUAUAUUUGGUGUUUCAGUUUAUGAUAUCUGGAAAUCAGCUUUGGCUCUAACAUAGUUAUUUAGCAGUGAUGUAAAGUCUCUCAUGCAAUUGGUUCCAAAGGAUAUGUUUUUUUUUUUCACCUACUUACUGUGUAUGACCAGGGGCAAAACACUAACUUCUUGAUGCCCUAGACUCAUAGUGGUGAGCCUGGGCACACAUGCCAGAGGGGGCACUCAGAAUUCUUGCUGUGGGAACACAUGUCAUUGUCCUAGCACAGAGUUCACCAGAGUUUGUUACUAGAAAGCCAGAGGGACAAGAGACUGGAUUUCUCCCCUCCCUCUUCACGUGCAUCUGAGGACAGUUCUCACAUGACCUGCCUCUCUAAAAGGCUUGCCAUCACUCUCCUAGAUGUUUUCAAUGCCUUUUUCAAUGUCUAAGACUUUAAGUCAGAAAGAUGACUUGCUGAUGUGCAUAAACCAUAGCCCUGAAGCUGGAAGAGACCUCAGAAGUCAUCUAAAUCCAACUCCCUAAUUUUACAGAUAAGGAAACAGAGGCUGAAGGAGGUUAUAUGACUUGCUUGUAUCCAUAUAAGAGGGAGAUUUGAACACUAGCCCACAAAUUCACAAAUUCUUUCCAUUGUAACAUGCUGCCUCUACAUUGGACAGUUUCCAGAUAGGAUGUCUUCUGCAUCAGUGAAUGAAAAUAAACCAAUUAUUAAAGACUAAUUUUAUUGUAUUUGGUUGUAAUGGAGGGAAAUAAAUAUUAAACUCUUCUGCCUUUCCCAUGGUUAAAAAAAGAGUUAAAAGCAGACAUUUAUAACGUGAGUUGCUUCCCAAUCCUGGCAUUCCAUAAUUCAUUAUACCAAGAUGAACACUGUGUUGUUUAAACUAGAGCUGGGGCUACCUAGACUCUACUUUUCUUACAGUCCUGACAGUUAUCAACAUACGCUCCAACUGCAGGGAACUUGGAAAUUGCUUUUUUUUUUUUAUGACUCAUUUCUAACAGACUAUUGGGAAGUCGGGUUAUUUAUUUUCUUUAUUUUAUAGCUGGGAGAAACAGGCCUGGAGAAACAACAUGACCUCUCCAUGCUCACUCCACAAGCCAGUGGUUUGGAUCAUUAAAACCUAUUGACCGAUUCAGGGCUUGGUGAUUAGACCACAGAACCACAGGAGCAGGACAUCCAAUGUCUUGUUUCCUCUUUAAAAUUUCUUGUAAAAGGUAUUUUCAAUCUCAUUUAUAUAUUUUUUAAAUUAUAUUCACUAUCUUUUAAAAAAGUAUCUUUGCAGUUCUGACCAGGGUAAAUUCUGGGGAGAGGAGUAAUUAAAAUGCUUUUAAAUCUAGUCCUUCUCGAAGUUUCAAUUUUCAGAUUUCUUUUUUAGAUUUUUUUUGAUGACAGUUAAGUAACCUUCACUUUGCUUCUUCCGUUAUAAACUUCUGCAAAUGACAAAGCAGAUUCUGCAAAGAGGCUAAUUUCGGGAAGUUCGUUGGUUUAUUUUCUCUGUGUCCCUGCAUCUUCACGAUCCUCAUCCACAAUCUCCAGGGUAUGAAAAUAUGCAAGAACAUCGAUGGGGAGAAUAAACACACAAUAAAGAAAGCUGAAUGCACAGGUGUGGAGCGGUUUUCCCACCCUCAAACAGCUGUUAAAGUGACAGAGCUGGGAUUUGAACCCAAGGCGAGAACAAAAAUUGUCCUCAGAUAUGGUAAUCAUGAUUCCUCAAUACUUAAGUUUCACCUGUUUGUGCCUUCUGGUUGCCUGCAGUCCUGAAGUCCUGGACCAUAUAGUUAAUUCCAGGGGUUAUCCCUGCAGUUUCAGAAAGAACAACUCUUUUGUUUUUGCUGACUGCCAAGGUUGUCGACUUCACUCUGUUCCAAUGAUAUUCAAGAAUGUGACAGAAGUAGAUCUUUCUUUCAAUUCCAUCAUGGAAAUAACAAAUAAGUCAUUUGCAGGAUUGCUCAAUCUUACUAAGAUAAACUUAAACAGCAAUGUGGAUUCCCAGGUAGAAAAUAGGGCCAACAAACGAAGAAUGAACAUUUCAGAUGGGGCCUUCUUUAACUUGAAAAAUCUAAGGGACUUGUUACUGGAAGAAAACCUGUUGCAGAAAAUACCUGUUGGUUUGCCACCGUCCUUAACAACACUGAGCCUUGUACUAAAUAACAUUUCCUCCAUAAGCAAAGACAAUAUGUUAGGACUUACUCACUUGAGCAGUCUCUAUUUGGGUUGGAACUGUUUUUAUGGCAAUGGAUGUGAAAGGAAUGUUUCCAUAGAGGAUGGGGCCUUUGAACAUCUUACCAAUUUGACUGUGUUAUCAUUAUCUUUCAAUAACCUUUUGCAUGUGCCCACCAAGCUUCCUCCAUCUCUCAAAGAACUUUACCUCAGCAAUAAUAAGAUCAAAAAUAUCAGUCAAGAUGAUUUGAAAGGUCUGGAAAAUUUAAGGGUUCUGGAUCUCAGUGGGAACUGUCCAAGGUGUUUCAAUUCCCCAUUCCCAUGUGUGCCUUGUGAAAAUGGUGCUUCAAUCCAGAUACAUCCUGAUGCUUUUCAGAAUCUGGCCAAUCUAACCUAUUUGAAUCUCUCCAGCACUUCCCUCAGAAGCAUACCUGUCUCUUGGUUCAGCAAUAUGCCAAAACUAAAGGUACUACAUCUUGAAUUUAAUUACUUAGUACAAGAAAUUGCCACUGGGGGAUUUUUAACAAAAUUGAGGAAUUUAGAAAUUCUUGACCUAUCUUACAACUAUCUCAAAAAUCAGUACCCAUUCUAUAUUACUCUUUCUAGCAAUUUCUCCAAGCUGGACUCUCUCAAAGUAUUACACAUCAGAGGUUAUGUGUUCCAAGAACUCAGGAAAAAGGAUUUUCAGUCCCUGAUGAAGCUUCCAAAAUUACAGAUUAUCAACUUGGGUGUUAACUUCAUCAGUCGUAUUAAUCUCACAUUAUUUAAAGACUUUAGAAAUUUGACUGUGAUUUAUUUGUCAGAAAACAGAAUAUCACCCCCGGUAACAGGUAAAUAUCUGUCAUUCGCUCAUCAUGCGAUUCAUCCACGCUCAGUAGAUACUGAUAAUGAACCAUUAGCUCGUGGAAUAAUAGACCCACAUAAAAACUUUUACCAUUAUUCUCGUCCUUUGGUAAAGCCUGAGUGUUCAUCUUAUGGUAAAGCCUUAGAUCUCAGCUUAAAUAGUAUGUUUUUUAUUAACUCCUUACAAUUUCAAAGUUUCAAUGAUGUAAAGUGUCUGAAUUUAUCUUUUAAUGGUAAUGCACAAGUUUUAAAUGGCAGCGAAUUUUUAUCUAUGCCUCACAUCAAAUAUUUGGACUUGACUCAUAAUCAGUUGGACUUUGAUAGUGACCGUGCUUUUCAAGAAUUACAGGAGUUAGAGGUAUUAGACCUCAGCCAUAAUGAGCAUUACUUUCAAAUAGCAGGGGUAACACACCGAUUAGGGUUUAUUCAAAAUUUAGCCCACCUCAAAGUUUUAAACUUAAGCCAAAAUGACAUUUUUACCUUAACUGAGCAUCAGCUGGAAAGCGACUCCCUGGAAGAAUUAGUUUUCAAAGGCAACCGCCUAGACAUCAUGUGGAUGGAGGAAGAUAAUAGAUACAUUAAGAUUUUUACCAACCUCUCCAACUUGACUCGUCUUGACUUAUCCUUCAACAGGCUUCACACAAUCCCAACUGAGGCAUUCCAUAAUCUACCCCAAAGCCUUGUGGAGCUGAGGCUAAACAAUAACCACCUGAGGGUCUUCAACUGGACAUCACUGCAGUAUUUUCACAACCUCACACUGCUUGACCUACGCUGUAAUUCACUCUUCACCAUAAAACCUGAUCUGUAUGAAUCUUCAGUGCAGACUCUGUUGCUGGGGAAAAACAUAAUUUCACACCUUCCUGAUGGCUUAUUUUCUAAAGCUAAGAAUCUUUACCACCUUGAUUUAAGUUAUAACCUCAUAAAAAUGGUCAACAAGUCAACAUUUCACAUGAAAACCUCAAAUAAUCUUAAGAUUUUGAACCUAAGAGGGAAUCCUUUUGACUGUGUCUGUGAAAUGGGAGAUUUUCGUAAAUGGAUAGACGAAAACCCUAAUGUCACAAUUCCUAGACUGGUAGAUGUCAUUUGUUCUACCCCUGGAGACCAAACAGGUAAAAGCAUUAUGGAAUUGGAGCUAACAACCUGCGUUUCAGAUCUUACUGCCAUCAUCUCUUUUUUCUUUUCAUUCAUUAUUACAGUGACCACUAUGGUAAUGGCCACUUUUCAUCAUUUUUUCUAUUGGGACAUAUGGUAUAUUUAUCACUUGUGCUCAGCAAAAAUAAAAGGUUACAAGUCUCUUUCUACAUCCCAAACAUUCUAUGAUGCUUUUGUUGCUUACGAUACCAAAGACACUUGUGUUACUGACUGGGUAAUAAAUGGGCUCCGAUUUCAACUGGAAGAAAAUGAAGAUAAGAAGGUUUUCCUUUGUCUAGAAGAGAGGGAUUGGGAUCCUGGAAUAGCUAUUAUUGAUAAUCUCAUACAGAGCAUUAAUCAGAGCAAAAAGACAAUAUUUGUCUUAACCAAAAAAUAUGCAAAAAACUGGAAUUUUAAAACCGCUUUUUACUUAGCAUUGCAGAGGCUUAUGGAUGAGAACAUGGAUGUGAUCAUAUUUAUCCUCCUGGAGCCAGUGUUACAGCAUUCUCAGUAUCUGAGACUGAGGAGGAGGAUUUGUAAAAGCUCUGUUCUCAAGUGGCCCGAUAAUCCAAGGGCUGAAGACUUAUUUUGGCAAAGUCUCAAAAAUGUAGUUUUAACAGACAAUGAUACACGAUACAACAAUUUGUAUGUCAAAUUCAUUAAGUGACGUUAAAAAUGGACCUACUACAAAGGGUAGGUGGAGAAAUGAUCAUAUAACUUCUUAGUUUGUUUUAAAAAGGAACAUCUUGUGCAUUUUCUGCUACAUGGACUGCCAAAUCACCACUGUCAUUUAUAGUUCAUCAGUGAACUAUUAAUAUGAUAUGGUCAGGCCUCCCCUUUUCCUGCCGGAGGAAUUAGCUUUGUUGCCUCAGAGGCAACAAAAGGGCUACUGGGACCUGCUUGACCCCUGCCUCUCUUGACACAGCUUCCAGGUAACAUUAAGGGAAUGAAAAGUCCCACCCACAUGAGUUGGGACUUUUCCAAUUUGACAGACUCUUGAAGACAACAUGAAUCAUCAUUCUGCCCCGAUGAACAGACGCAUUUCCAUAUGGAGUCAAAGGGAGCUGCAUGUAUAUAAGUUAAAUGCCACUGUAUCUUUGAUGCAUAGAUUUACUAUGUGUUAGGGCAAAGUAAAUUUCCUUCUGUUAAUUGUGCAA